GUCAUCAUGCCUUCCAACAAUGUGACUGAAUUUAUUCUCCUGGGACUCAUACAGAAUCCACACUUACAGCAAAUGUUCUUCAUUGUCUUUUUGUUCAUUUUGCUAUUUACUGUGCUGGCCAAUCUGCUCAUUGUCAUGACAAUCUCCCUCAGCCCCACACUUUCGGCUCCCAUGUACUUCUUCCUCACUCACUUAUCUUUCAUAGAUGCAUCCUUGAGCUCUGUCACCACCCCCAAAUUAAUCAAUGACCUGUUGUUCCAGAGGAGAACCAUCUCCUGGGGUGCCUGCCUAACUCAGCUCUUUAUGGAGCACUUCCUGGCAGCAUCAGAGGUCAUCCUCCUCAUUGUCAUGGCCUAUGACCGCUAUGUGGCCAUCUGCAAGCCUCUGCACUACACAACCAUCAUGCAGCAGGGGCUCUGCCAGCUCCUGGUGGUGGUGGCCUGGAUCGGGGGGAUCCUACAUGCUACUCUUCAGAUUCUUUUCACGGUGGACUUGACCUUCUGUGGUUCAAAUGUCAUUGACCACUUCAUGUGUGAUUUCUUCUCACUGUUGGAACUUGCCUGCGGUGAUACCUACUGGCUUGGAAUGGUGGUGGCAGCUAACACUGGGGGCAUGUGCUUGCUCAUUUUCUCCAUGCUACUCAUCUCCUACAUAAUAAUCCUGAGCUCCCUGAAAUCCCAUGGCUUUGAAGGAAGACGCAAAGCCCUGUCUACAUGUGGCUCCCACUUUAUAGUAGUGGUGCUCUCUUUUGUCCCCUGCAUAUUCACCUAUACACGUCCUGUGGCCACUUACCCUGCAGACAAGUGGUUGACUGUGUUCUUUGGAAUCCUCACACCCAUGUUAAAUCCUGUCAUUUACACAGUGAGAAAUGCAGAGGUGAAAAAUGCCAUAAGGUAUCUGUUGAAGAGGAGAGUACAUUAG